CAACCCGUUCAUUCAUAUCUAUUCCAGUUCAUAUCCUCGUGAGACCUCGCAACCAGCCAUUUCCACUUCAGCGUUCCUCAGAGAAUCAUGACUCGUGGACCAGCUCCAAUUGAGAAGGACUCGCCACCUUUGUCUCCCCACUUGGCACAUUAUACACUCACCCAUUCGAUGCCUGAAAUGCCGUCGACUCCUGCGCCUACAAAGGCCAGGAUCAGCCAUCUGGAGAGCCAGAUUUCAGAGCUGGUGAGGAGGUCUCAUGCUAUCGAGAGAAAACACAAGAUGGAGGUCGGCGAAUACGUCGAGGAAGUGGACCGAUUGAAACGAGAGUUAAAAGCUAGCGAAGAGUUCAAGACCAAAGCCGGUGAUAUGGACAGGAUGAAAGCAGAGGCGGAGCAGCUAAAGGAGGAGCUCAACCUACACUCGCUGGUCCAACAGCAGAAAGCUCUUUUGGCAGUAGUCAGCGAACAGAUGGAUCUGAUCGACAUGGAAUACCAGAACUUGCAACUGCAGUCGGAGCGAGUGAUGCGAGACUACAAGAUGACGCUCUUCGAAGCCAGGGAAGAUGAUCUCAACGCCGAGCUGGCGGAGAAGGACGCCCAAAUGGCUGAUCUCGAGAUCGCUCUGGCGGAGGCUAAUACCUCGAUAGCGCAUCAACAAGCUGCAGAAAGUAAAGCGGCUCGCGAGGAGACAAAGGCCCUUGCAGCGAGAAUUGUGAUAUUAGAGAAGGAGCUGAAGGUGUCGAAGGAAAAGGAAAGGACUUUGAGGACAGAGCUUGACUCGGCUCUCACGUCAGAACAGAGUCGCGAUGGUUCAACUGAAAAGGAGAAAAGCGAGCUCAAAAAGUCUCUGCGAGAGACCAAGGCCAUGCUGGCGAAGAAGACGGAAGAAUUCUCUGAUCUACAGGAGGAAUUGUCCAGUCUUCAGGAGGCUAGCAAAGAGCGAGAGAAAACCUUGAAGGCCAAGAUCAAGGACGCAGUCGCAGAGAGGGAUCGUUUGGUAGGCGUAGAGGUCGAGCUGGAGAGCCUCAAGAGUGCGAAUGCGAAGCUUCGAGCCACAACGUCGGAUGCCGCUAAAAAAGCACCGAAAGCACCGAAAUCCAAGAAGCCUGCAUCUGACUCUGAAGAUGAGAUAGUCCCUGCCAAAAAGGCUCGCAAAGCUGCUCAGGCCGACACCUCCCACCUCCCUGCUCUGAAGGAGAUGACCUCCAAUGACACUUCUAAAUUGCAGCCUUCUAUCCCGUCGGUCAAAGUAACUGGUACAGACAACGGGGAUGUCUCACUCGCGAGUACCGCUGAACCGGAGAAGAAGAAGAAGCGCAAGCUUUUUGGGGCAGCUCCGGCUUUCACUUGGGAUCCCAUUAUGAGUUCAGGGGACGGGGUUAUUCCUGCCUGCUUGUCGCCCGUGAAGCCAAAUGAAAAGGCUGCGGUUGGUACGAUCCCUCGAAAAGGGUUCGGAAGUAUGGCCAGUGCUCGCAACCUUUCGCGUCUGGUUUGAGUUACUGCAUAAUUAGCUUUCGGAGUCUGGCUUGCUUGCGGUUAUGCAUUUGUCUGUGAUCGUCGU